AGGACUGAGCCGCAUUCAUCAGCGACUUGGGAGAGUCCCUCUUUCCUGUCGCCUGCUCCGGCCUCCAAAAAGCAACAGCCCUUGGCUUAUAAAGCAGCCCAACCCCUCUUAUGUCUUACUUGGCAGGGACGCUCCAACCUCACACAUCCAAACACUCGCCACUUUCUCCUCCUUUUGGGUUCUUUUCGUAGUGCGUGAGCGCGCCAAGAGUGAUGUCUCUGGGAAGCGACGUGUGCGUGGUGACGGGAGCCUGUGGGUUCCUGGGACAGAGGCUGAUCAGGCUGAUCCUGCAGGAGGAAAAGGUGGCUGAGAUCCGACUGCUGGACAAGACCAUCAAAGCUCAACUGCUGCAAAGUCUGAACGAAUGCCGAGGCGACACCAAGCUGAAUGUUUUCGAGGGCGACAUCAGGGACGCCGACUUCCUGAGGAGAGCCUGUCGCGGGGCGUCGCUCGUCUUCCACUUGGCGUCCAUCAUCGACGUGAUCAAUGCGGUGGAUCCCAACGAGAUGCACGCCGUCAACGUCAAAGGAACACAGCUGCUUCUGGAAGCGUGCAUUCAAGAGAACGUGGCGUCCUUCAUUUACACCAGCACCAUCGAGGUGAUGGGCCCCAACCCCGAAGGCGAGCCAAUCUUCAAGGGCGACGAGGACACGGUGUACAAAAGCUCCCUCAAGUUCGCCUACAGCAAGACCAAGAAGGAGGCGGAGGAUAGAACUCUGCAGGCUAACGGCGAGGUGCUCCACAGCGGGGGCCGGCUGGCCACCUGCGCCCUGAGGCCCAUGUACAUCUAUGGGGAAGGCUGCCAGUUCCUGCUGGGCCACAUGGUGGACGGCCUGAGGAACAGAGAAGUUCUCUACAGGACGUCACUACCUGAGGCCAAAGUCAACCCUGUCUAUGUCGGCAACGUGGCCGCCGCCCACCUCCAAGCCGCCCGCAGCCUCAAAGAUCCCCAGAAGAGAAACGAGGUCGGGGGGAAGUUUUACUUUGUUUCCGACGACACGCCGCACGUGAGCUACUCAGACUUCAACCACGUCCUGAUGUCUCCUCUGGGCUUUCACAUCCAAGACAAGCUCAUGGUGCCUCUGCGCUUCUUCUACAUCAUCUGCUUCAUCUGGGAGAUGGCGUGCAUGAUGCUGCGGCCCUUCUGCCGCGUGGUGCCGCCGAUAAACCGCCAGCUGCUCACCAUGCUGAACACGCCCUUCAGCUUCUCCUACCAGAAGGCCAAAAGGGAGCUUGGCUACACGCCCAAGUACUCCUGGCAGGAGGCCCGCAAGAACACCGUUGAAUGGCUCGCCGACCAGCUGCCCAAAGAAAGAGAAAAACUGUGGCGGAAAUGAAUACAAAUCACCAAAAAUAAACAGCGGAACCUCCAAAACACGCAAGUUUUCCCAACUGAUUUCAAAACUUCCCAAAGUAAAUAACGUGACGCGGUUUAGUCUGUUCAGGGUCAAGCCGUGGCCAUCAUCAAAGCUUCAAGUGUACGCGCACAUCUCCACAUCUCCACAUUCCAACCUGCCACGCAGGUGGAGAAAGAUGCGUACAGAACUUCAAAAUCCAUCAGUUCUUUGUAGUGAGAGUUCAUCUGUUCCAGCGUCAAACUGUGGCAUCACCAAACCAACAUGAGGUGUGCAGGCAAUGAUUUCACUCAUUUUCACUUUCUUGUCACACAAGUGUGAGCCGUUGUUCUACGGUUGGCACGCUUUGUCCUUGCUGCCACCACUGGUGCCCUGAGUGGUGGCAUGACAAAAAUAGAAAAGGAAAAAAGACGAAACACACAGAGAUGAUUUCAUUGACUGACUGAAGUGUUUAUUUCCAAUAUUUUUCAAUCAGGCGCAAAACAAACAAUAAAAUGAACCAUUUUUAAAAAUCAAUUAAUAAUUACUAUUAUUUUGAUGAUUCAUAUUAUUAUGAAACAAUAACAAUAUAAAAUACAUAAGAAUAAAUGAUACCAAACAUAAUCAAUGGUAUCUUCAAAAAGGAGUUUCCUUGAGCAAAUAGCAAACCAACUUACACUUGCAUACACUCAUUCUUGUUUCUCCUGUUGAUGGGUCCAUUUGAAGGCCUGGUGUAACUGAAGUAAAGCUUGUUGGCAUAAAUAUAACGAUGAUAACAAAUAUAGCUCAAAAGAGUUUCAUUUAAGAGCUGAUAUGCUCUGCAUGCUUUUCUUGAUAACAACCAACAUCACUUACAUCGAUAGCUACUGUAUGUAUCGCGCUGUACUGACAAAAAAUGUAAGUAACUCUAUUCAGUAGAGCUGUUUUUGUUGUCAUUGUUAUAUUUGUCCAAACAAAUGGACCUUUAGUGGUAUCAGGCAUUCAAAUGAAGAGGGAACCGAAGAAACGAGGGUUUUCCAUGACUGUACACUCAUACACCCCACACACGUCCAUGUACAGCAGGGGUCACCAACGUGGUGCCCGCGAGCCCCCCAGGGCCACAUGAGGCGCCCUCAAGCCUGCUUUUCAGGUACUAAUGAGAGAACAGUAGAAAGAAAUGCAUUGUGAAAUACAACAUGUGAGUUGUGGACACCAGCAUGUUGUGAAUGUUCCGGUAAAACAAGCAUGUUCGGAUUGUUUGGGUUGAAAUAAGCUAUAAAAAGAAUUGUUCCAAAAAUGAGUAGCGCUUGGCCAUUUUCAUUUUGUAAAAGUCGCUCCCGCAAGGAAAAACUUUGGUGAGUCCUGCUGUACAGUCACACACGUAAUGUACCACACCAGCACACCCUGUGAGGUCUCACCACAUUACUGGUAUCACGCGUGAAGAUGGCUUGAACGCAGCAUUGAACCACUUGUGGCAACUUUACAUGCAACAGUCCAAAUGCUGCAUUUGGUGUGCAAACGGCACUACGAAGUCAAAAGAGGUUGUAUUUAGUUCGUGUAUGGCAUGUCACACACACGUUUCACCUGACUUGUCAGUGUUGACUUGAUAUUUUACUCACUAUGCUAAACUGAAGAUUGUUUGCGAUGUGGUUAUUUACUCUAUUCGUACUUGUUGGCUCCAGACCAAACAUACUGCAUGGGUGAAAGCAGUGCACCACGUAGUGGCAGUCAUUGUGUGAUGAUGCCUUUGUCUAAUUUGCAUAACGCAUGUAAUGUUCACCGAUGCUGUGGGACACAAAGUGAGUAAAAACAUGAACAUGUGUGCCUGUGAACAUUCUCAUCCAUCCAAGUCAUUCUUUUCCCAGGACAUUCAAUCCACCUCAACUGGACUGUUCGGGUUGUCUUCCUUUCAUCCGAGCAGGCUUCAUUAGUUCAUGCUAGGGGACCAAAGACUAGGUGGGACA